AUGCCGUAUCAAACGCAGAGCCGCGGCGUUCCGAGGAUUCGUGGCACAGGCGGCCCUCCAUAUGAUCAAAUCGGUGUCCUUUUAUCAUCAUCAUCAUCGUCAACAGUAGCAGCAACAACAGCAGCAACAACAGUAGCAACAAUAAAAUCACAAAUCCAAUCCAAGUCGGAAGCAACAUCGUCUAGCAAGGCUUCUGGGGUUCGGGUCACAGCAAAGCAGACCAACCGAUGUGCCCCAGAAACAUGGAGGCGAGCUCAUGCACGCAGAACGAUUCGCACAGAGGACCCAGACCUACCGGCUAGCCUUCCCAGCUUAGCCCAGGAACAUGAAUUCAUCCUUCCGCGGUAUUAG